CUUUCACGGCCAACGGUUGCUACGUGACCUCCAUUAUUUGAUCGGUACAAACAACAACCCCAAAGAGGAAUUUCACACCGAGCUUCAAACUGUUUAGCUUCCGUCGAAAAUGUCGGUGAUUAACAUCUACUAUCACAAUGAAAACAUUUACAAUGUCGAGAAGAAGCCACCGGAACGUCCACCAAAACCACCGCUGUAUCAUUCCCGAUUCGAAAAUAUGGUAAGGUGUGAAACCAAAUCCUGCAAGGACUCACAUCGUACCAUGGGUUAUGCCAAGGUACCCCAACCCAAUCCGGAAGAAUUUCUCAAAAAGAACGGUGGCGUACGCUAUCGUGCCACCAAAUCGGCACCGGUGCGCCUUUGUAGUGACGCUUGUAAGCCUCCGGUCCCCAAAAAGAAUGAGCUGGAAUGCGGCCGUCAGCAGGUUGUGAAAAUAGUUGAUCACAAGAUGGAAAACAUCAAGAAAGCCACCAGUGCAGGACCAAAACAGCAGAGACCUCCACGGUACGCCGACACUCGGAAGGGCGACUUUCAUGAUCUCAAAAAGUCCGGCCUGGUUCCGGUGUACAUGUGCCAACCCAAGUACGGAAAAAUACCCUGUUAUCUGGAACGCAGAAAACGGGAGCUAGAAAUCCAAAAACAGGCAAUGAAAUGUGCUGUGCCUGAGGAAAAAUCCAGCUGUAAAAUGGUUACACAGGAAGAACGUCUCGAACUGUUGAAGGGAUUAAAGAAAAACUGGGAAAAGCUGCAGCAGGAAUACCAAAGUCUUCCUUUGCUGAUAGACACGGUUCCCAAGAUGAUGCGCAAAGCCAAACUGGAGAAAGGACUGAAGGAGCUCGAGAAGGACAUUCUGAUGCUGGAAAAUACACCGGUCAUCUACGUGUUCGACGACGAAUAACGAUGAUAAUGACCAUGAAAUAAUUUGUCUUCUCGCGCCAGAACUUCCCCUCA